UCACACAUUAGGACCAUGUGACUGCAGCCAGGCCCCAAACACACAAGCGCGCGCACACACACACAGAGGCAUGUUUGAAUGGGAAUAACAAGAAAACACUGAAACAUUUAAGACAAUCCUUAUUCAGUAUUGACCAAACAAUCAAUUUACUGUCAAUUUAACGCCAAACCUGAGCAGAAAUGUCCUUCAGCAGCACCGUUCCUGUUCUGUGCAGCUUCCUGGUGUUGCUUCUUCUUGGAAUCUCUCUCGGGCGCUGCAGUGACAUUUCCUUCUCUCUGUGUUGGUUUAACAAGAAUCAUGGUUUGGAAAGUCAGCGUUAUAAUAUCUGGCUGAACGGGACGGCGGUGGGCUCCAUACAGAGAGCAGAGAAAGUGACCUCGCUCACGGUGUACGCGGACAUAGAAAACAAACUCACCCUUCAGUAUGAACGCUCCACCGUCACCUGGGUCUUCACUCUCAACCAGCGCACAAGACGCACCAAAGUCAAAGGCACGGUGAAGCCGACAGAUCAGCCGACCAACGCGACUCUGGGUUUGCUGCAGAGGCUCAGUCGGUCUGAGGUGUUCGCCUGUGAAAACAGUACUCUGUUCUUCCACCAGGGGGGUGGCUUCUUUCUGGCCACUGGUUACACCACCCGUCUGCCGGUGAAGCUGGAGUCCAGGAGUAGCUCCAUGCUGCGUCUGUCCUGGAAGACCCCUCUGCCGCCUCCUGCCCCGGCCAAGGCUCACGCUGUGGGGCUGUACAGGUCUGAGCUGGCCUCCUUCAUCCUCCAGCGCCGGGAGACCACCAGAGACCCCCACCACCGGUUCACAGCACUGGACUCCUGCUCAGUGUAUGUGCCCUGUGUGGAGAUCUCAGGAACCCACUCGCUCACCUGUCUGUCCACUAUCACAGACCCGGACGAGCCCAGAGACCUGCAGGUGUCCUCGGUGAACAGCAGCAGUCUGUAUGUGUCCUGGGACUGUCCCCCGAACAGGAAGUACUCCGCCUUCCUCCUCACCGUGUACCGCCACCGCCCCACCCUCGCCACCAUCGCCCCGUCCCCGGCCCUUCCCCUCUCCACCCUCUCCACCCUCUCCACCCUCCCCACCCUCUCCACCCUCCCCCCUGUGGAGCGGGAGACACUCUUGGUCACGGAUCCUCUGGAGUGGACCUUCGCGGACCUGCCCCCCUGCUCGCGCCUCAGUUUCGGGGUGCAGACGGUGUGCGUGAGCGGAGCCGAGACGCGGUACAGCCCCGAGAUCAGCCACAAGGGCAACUCCGAUCAGUCGGACAUCUUGAACCUGGCUCAGUCCUCCUCUGGUCCGGACUGGGUCUCCGUGCAGUGGGAGGUGGGGCGGCUCUCGUCGGUGUCACGGUUCAGAGUGUCGCUUGACGGAGUGAAGCAGGGGAACACCUUAAAAACCAACUUCACUGUGAGGGGUCUGCAGCCCUGUCAUACCUACUCCCUGACUGUGGAGGCGCUGUGUGGAGAGGGGAUGGUCAUGGACACUCAGACGGUACAGGUGCACACAGUCCCUCGCGGCGUCUCCGGGCUCCAGUUUCUGCCUGACGAGUCCAUCGUUACUUGGAACCCAGGCUCAGAGGGACCAGACCCGGGCAUGUUCUUCAUGUUUGAACUGUCCCGGGCCGAUGGAGGACAGGUGCUGUGGUCCGGCAGGGCGUGGGAGCCGCACGUGCUCCUGCUCGCUCUGCAGGCGGGGCUCACGUACCGCCUGUCUGUGUGGGAGCACUGUGAGGGUCUGGGCUCCUCUGACAGAACGACUCUGGAGUUUCAACCUGAAAUAUCCUCAGAGCUGCAGCCCAGGGCACGAGGAGGGAGACCCCACGCCAAGAAACCACAAGAGCCUAAAAACAUGGUGAGUCUGGUGGUGCCCUGGACUCUCCCUGAAGAUCUGCAGGACGACACCUCAGAAUCUUGGACUCAGAUGGCCUCAAUCCUCCAACACAGGAUGGAGGAUCUGUUCAGAAGCUUGAAUCCUGCCGCUCAGGUGGAGCUGCUCAGCGUUGACCCAGCGAAGGCGCCGGAGAGCACAGAGUUCCUGUUUCUGACCCUGAAGAAGCCCCUCGGAGACAAAGGCCUCCCAGAGCCGCUGUGGCUUCAGGACACUCUGCCCUUCCUCCAGUCGCUCUCAUACAACAUCAGCGUCCAGGACGGGGCCAUACACUGGACAGGUGCAGACGAGUGCCUGUACAGCCCCUGUCCCCACAGCUCCAUCUGUCUGAACACUCUGGGCUCCUUCAGGUGUCUGUGCACAGACGGACACUACGACGUCAGCACCUUCCUGAGGAGACCUUCCCCCGUCUGCCACGAUAAAGGCAUGUUCAGUCGCUGUCUGGACAAACAGCUGAUGGGAGGAAUCUCCAAGCUGUACCUCCGCUCUCAGCUGCAGGGGGCGCUGCAGGUCUCUCUGAACCAGGGCCAGUGUGAAGUGAACCAGACUCAAGACUUUUAUUAUUUUAAAACACCGAGAGAACAGAGCCAGUGUGGGACCAGGAGACGGGUGAAUGAGACUCACAUCGAGCUCCAGAACCUGCUGACGGUGAGCGGAGGAGGGAGAGGGAGAGGAAGAGGAGGAGGAAGAGGAAGAGGAGUAGGAAAAGAAGGAAAAGAGGGAAAAGAGGGAAGAGGAGGAGGAGGAGGAAGGAGGAGGAGAAGGAGGAGGGGCAAAGGUCCGACUGGUGUGGAAGUGUCUGUAUCCACGGCAUUAUCUGCGCACGGCUCAGAUCGGAGUGGACCGGGACAGCCCCUUGUCCUUCCCUGUGGUGGUGUAUAACUCCUCUCUGGAGCUGCCUCUCUCCAUGAGUCUGUUCAAGGACCAGUCUUUCGUCUCCGUUUACUCUGACGCAGUGACGGUCACUCCAGACGACACUCUGCACUUCCAGGUUUCACUGCAGACUUCAGACCCCAUCCUCCGCG